AUGUCUACAAUGCACAGUGAGCAGCUACAUCGAUCAACCUUGGGGAUUUACUCAAGCUUGAUGGAUGAGUUCAACCCCGGCCUGCAAAAUCUUGUGUCACUGGGACACAGUUAUGUCCGAGCUUUCCAAGCUCUGGCUGUUAAAAGUGAGGCUUACUUCACUGCACUUUCUCAGAUGGGCGAGCAGGCCUUCCACAGCUUCUCCUCACGUUCAAUAGGAGAUGUUUUGAUUCAAAUUGCCGAGAGCCAAAAGAGACUUACCUUGGAGCUUGAGGGGAUGUUCCGUUGGUUUACUGAAGAUAUUCUUCAGGAGAUGGAAAGCAAUGUCCGUCUAGACAAAGACUACAUAUCAGGGAGCAGAAAACAGUAUGAAAUGAGUGUCCACAGUCAGGCAGCAGCAAUGGACAGACAGCUAAGGCAUACUGCUUACCAGGAUGGUGCUGAGCAUUUACAGUUCCUUCGGGAAAGUCAUAGUGAGGCUCUAAAGGAGGAAGAGAGAAGAUAUCGCUUUUUGGCUGAAAAACACUGUGGCCUCAUCCAGUCCAUCUCCCGCCUCAUGAAUAAGAAUGGAAGUUCCCUCCAGCAGAAGGCUGACUCCUGGAGAGAAGAGGUAAACGCCACCAGGGAAUCGGAUGGCAUAAGGCCACCUGGCCUGGAUAGCCCUGCACAAAUAAGGCAAGAGAACAGGAGGAACAGAGAAGAGCAACCUCUUGGCAAAAUACCAUCAAGAGCUCCGUCUCCCCAGGGAAGCAUAUAUCGCUCUGCAGCUGAAUCGUCAGGGGGUUCAGGAAGAACCAUGAGGGCCCGGGUGGCUCAUCAACCUGACGGCUCCAAUCCAACUCUACUGCCCUUUUCCAGGGGAGAGAUGAUCACUGUGCUGGUCCAGCAGACAAAAAACGGAUGGCUGUAUGGCCGGAUAGCUGGCAACAAUUCACGUCAGGGAUGGUUUCCGGCCUCCUAUGUGGAAGAAGUGGAUGACCUUCCUAUAAAAGCUGACUUAAGAAGCAACAGUAGUGUGAGUAGUCGUAUGGACAACCCAAGAACAAACACGCCACCUCCGCCGCCUCCCCUUCUGCCAUUGCAGUCUUCAAAUAAAUCCCAGCCACACCAAUCUAAACCAGAACUCUUCCCAAGGGGUACAAACCCAUUUGCUACAGUUAAGUUGAAGCCCACGUCCACCAAUGACAGGUCAGCGCCUCGACUUUAUCGCUAA